UUCCGCAGAUGAAAACACAUGUGAUUCUUUGAGAAUGUUGGAAAUAUUGUUGAAGUGAGAUGUUUCACGGUGGAUUGUGGUUGUUUUCCGGAGCGAUUUUCGUCUCGCUUCGAACUUUCGCUGCGGAAAUUGACAGUCAAGAGUGUGUGAUCAAGGAGAAUGGUGCCAAGUACGUUUUGAAAGGGUUGGCAUCAACUGUUUACCUGGAAAAUUUCCAGGGUAAUUCUCAGAAAUUCUACUUCAGCGUGUGUCAGCCUUUGGGCAAAUCUAACAACAUACCUCAGGAUUGCGAUUUGUCUGGAAACGGGUGCCUGACUUCCUUUGCCUCCGGCACAGAAACUGUCACUGCAGCCAACACAGGCUCUUCACUGGAUGCUGAAGUGGUGGUCACUAACGGAGAGCUUCAUUUGAAAUACACAAAUGGAACUACUUGUGGAAGUGGGAAUUUCUCUACGGAAUACGUCUUGCGGUGCAAACAUGAUUCUUGGGAGCAAGGAUCAUCAAACGCUAUCUUGGCGAAAGGUACGACGUGUUCAGUUUUGGUGAUUUGGGAAACGGCAGCUGCCUGUCCAGUAAUUGGAGUGACAAAUGAAGCAGAAUCGUCUUCUCCUUGCGCCGUUUCGAGUCCUGUCGGAGACGAGACUUUUUCAUUGAAAGAACUGAAUUUUUUGAGCGAAAAGUCCGAAAACUUUCUGCCAGCCAUUGGAUCCAUCCUGGUCUUGCGGGAACUACUCGAAUUUCUGCGCGAAAACCGAAUCCGGCGCCGGGCACCUUCCGCCAGCCUAGGAAUCCCAGCGGGAGCUGGCGGAAAGAGAAGUGCUCUGAAACCCGAGUUUCGGCGUCGUGUUGAUCCGAUUGUUUGUCGGUGCUUGCGAUUGCCUCGUGAUGUGCUUAUAGACUUCAGGUCGCAUUUCCAAACUAAUCAAAUCCCUAUGCAAAGUUCCUGGUAUUCCCUGAUUUAUGCGUGAAAAGAUAAAUCUGUGGACGUGAGGUUGGAGUGUGCAGCAGCCCAGACUUUUGGUUUAGUAAAUGGGUCCUUGGUUUUGGAGCACCCGGUUGUUUGCCUGUGGGCCGGAAAAUUGUCCGAUUCCAACGACAGAUGUCGGUUGCGAACCAAGAACGGGAAAGAAGUGGAUCUGCGUGCCAUGUUCGAGUCUCCGUUGGCCAUCCAAUUAAAUGCAUCUCAGGCCCUGAAUAUCAAUUUGUGCAAACCCUUCAAGCCGCAUUCGAACUCGGACAUUUGCCGAAAUGCUGAUUCAUCCGCGUACGUUUACGGAUGUCUAACUCAGGAAACGUCGAAGAAAAACAUGUCUUUGGGAAGAUACUGGAAAGCAGAGCAAGUGUCUCCAUCACAGACUGUUGUCAAGGUUUUUGAAGGAAGUAGAUGUCCCAGUGACAAAUCAAAGAAGAUUUCUGCUGUGUUGACCCUCAUUUGUGUUGCUGAGCACAAAGGAGAAGCGCCUGUUGUGAACAGCACAGCUUGUGAUUAUCAAAUCACUUGGAAAACGCGAUUCGCUUGUCCACUGAAGAGAGUCAUAGGAACCGACUGUAAGGUGACUGAUGACCUCCACGGAUGGACAUUUGAUUUUUCGAAUUUGUCGCGAGGCGGGAAAUAUCUGGCAAGUGGUGGCUCUGGAGACGUUUUUGUUAGUCUCUGCAAGCCUUUGACUAAGCCUGAAGAAUGCAGAGGAUCCGGUGUUUGUGCCAAACUUGACAAGAGCCAGAAUUCGGGGUUUCAGAAAUUGGGAAACGCUUCCAGCGCAAUAGUAUUCGAAGAAGGGUCGCUCAGUCUCAAGUACACUGGCGGAGAACCCACCAAGGACUGCCCGAGAGGAACCCAGUCCCUCAUCAUCUUUGCCUGCGAAGAAGACUCCACGACGUCAUCUGAAACCACAUCAUCAGCGUCUCCAGAGGUCCUCAUGUUUGCGUCCUGCACCAUGCAUAUUUUGUGGCGUACGAAACUCGCGUGUCCCGGCGGCGGCCAUGGUUUCGAAGUGUCGCCCGUGUGCAAAUCCACGACGACGAAUAUUAUUGAUUUCACCAAGUUGGCCAUGAAUGGGAGGAAUUACGAAAUCCCGGCUGGGAAAUCGCAAACGAUUCUCUUGGACGUGUGUGCCAAAUUGGCCAGAGGCGGCAGGAGUGGCAGUGGGUGCAGUUACGAUUCCGGGGCGUGUUUGGUUGUGGAAGAUGACAAGAGUGGGAUGCGAAGGUACGUCAGUCUAGGAAGACAAGAUGCGGAUAAUGUGCAGUUGAAGACUUUUCCGAAGAACCAGUCCAACAUUCUGACUUACAAACACGGAGAUGUUUGUGAAGUCGCAGGAUCCGCUGUUGCCUACCACGAAUUAUCCAUGUUGUUUCUCUGCGAUCCGAAGAUUCCGGUUGGCAAACCGGUGCUGGUGAAGCAUCCAAACAACGACCCGUGCAUGUGGCGGAUCCUGUGGCGCACGAGUGCGGCUUGCCCAGUUUUGCAACCCAUCGACGUGAACCUAGACGAUGGCGGGGACAAGUACAUUCCGGACAACAUCCCGGGUCUUCCGAAAGAAGAGUCCAAGGUCGUGGCCCGAGGCUAUGAUUGCCGGUUGAAGGACCCCGCGUCGGGUCAAAAGUACGAUUUGAAUCCCCUGCCGAAACAGGUCAAAGUCGAGGCCGAGGACUACAAAUUUAAUUUGUCCAUUUGCAACACUGCGUUUGCAGAAAUGGGAUCUGCUACUUGUUGGUCUGGUGUUGGCUGUUGCGUGAAAUCGAGCAAAACAGGGCCGUAUGUCAACGGGGGUUGGUUCACACCCAUGUUGGAGCUGAGGUCAGAUCACAGCCUAGAACUCAACUACGUGGGUGGAGACAAGUGCCCCAAAAUGGCGUCCCGGCGCCUUGCAACCCGAAUCAAGUUCAUAUGCGCCGAAAGCAAGAAGGAAAGCAAAGCGAGACCCACUUUCCUGGGUCUCAGCUCGGACUGCAAGUUUGAGUUUGAGUGGAAAACGUCGCACGCGUGUCCAUUUGGGAAGAACAAUUCUUUGGAAUCUGCUUUCGUCAACGCCAUUGAGAGAGGGAAAUGUAUGGUGAGGACGAAUGAUUCCGUGGUCGACUUCUCACCGUUGAUGAGCAGUCUGAGCAACUACAAGUUCAUCGCGAGUUCUGCUGCUGUGCACGGACAUGCACCUCACGACAGAAAUCCUUGGGAAUAUUUCCUCGCGGUUUGCAGAUCACUGGUACCUGUUCCAGGUUUGGACUGUGAUCCAGCUGCAGCAGCCUGUAGAGGCCAUGCAACAGCAUCCAACUACACAGAUGUGCAGGUGUUGGGCAAGUUCCAGACUGGCCCUUGGGUGGAUGUGGAUGGCCAAGUGCAUUUAACUUACACUGAUGGGUCCAAGUGCCCAACAUCAGCCAAGGAUGGGAAGUUUUCUACAGAUGUCGCUUUCAAAUGUGGGCCUGGUCUGGGGGAGGAAAAGUUUUUGUCUUGA